AUGCCCACCAUAUCUGAAAUCUCAUCUUCCUGUUCUCCAAGUUCAUGGCAAUUAGAAGACGAACCUAUAAUUUCUUCUCAAUUGAAAAUUCAAUUAGUUUCCAAGUCAGUAUCAGAGAGACUGCUCUCUAAAUUCUCCGAUUUAACAGAAUUUGGUUUUGAUUACUCUAAAAGUGGAUUAUGGUCUCCUCCAAUCGAAAGAAGCCACGUGUUCUCCGGCUCACCAACUGGCGAAAUCCUUUCACACAGAGAAAUGGCUGAUAAAUUGAAUAAAGUAUUGAAGAGACAUCAGAGAAGAAGACGUUGCUUCAAUGCGUGUUUAUGUUCUCCGAAGAGAUUCUGAUCUCAAGCCACAUUGAGAGACUAAGAAAAUAUGCAGGAAAGAUCUUUAGUUUCUAAUUAUUA